UCUUGUGCGAGGAGAACCAAGCACAAAGGAUGAAGUCAAACCACCAAAAAGCUUUGGAGCGAGAUCCAGUAACAGGCCAAGUUCAUCCAGCAGCAGCAGAAGUGUAAAUUUUUCACAGACUGACAGUGAAGAAGCUGAUUCCCAGAGCAGGAAUGCAACCUCAUUAAAAUCUGAAAUGAGAUCAGAAUUUAAAAUGCCACUUGAUAGUAAACAGUCCACAACUUUAGUACAACGAGCAGAUGACAUUAAAACAUGGGACGAAAGGGAGGGUGGUGACUCAGCAAAUUCCACUGCCGGGAACACAGGAGCUCCUUCUGCCACCGGAGCCAGCAGCACGCAGGCCAGGAUGAAAAACAGAGACCAGGAAUGUGAAAACACAGAGGACCAUAAACAACUGCAACAGGGUGACAAGGGCGCCUGCAAGUCAAAAACACAGGAGAUUACACUCAAAGCCGUGGAGAAAAAGAAAGCCUCUCUAAGUGUCUGCCUCACACCUGAGGCAGAAAACAAGCCUGAGGCUUCCUCACCAGAAAUAUCUUUCCAAGAAAAGGACGACAGCGUGGAGACCAGUGUGGAUGAGAAAGCAGAGGGAGACGAAGGCAAUGGCAAUAAUAAAGUUAAGGCCCCCAUUCACAAAGUUAGAGAUGUCAGGCGGCUUGUGAAAAAUACAUAUAAUCUGUCUUUCAAGGCAACUAGUGCUGUAAUGCCAUCAGAUGUGAAUGAAGAGAGGAAGGAAAUAUUUAAUGAGGAAAAGAGGGAUGAAGUAAAAGAGGAAAGGAGGAAAGAGAUCAUAGCAGGGCAGGAGCGGGAAGUGAGGCAAGAAAUGAGGACGGAUAAGAAGAGAGAGGAAAGGGAAGAGGAGUACAGGGUGGAGAGGAAAGUAGAACAGAAAGAGGAGGUAAAAGAUUCAAAGCUGCUGACCUUCUCUCCGCCUCCUCAAAGCAAAGAAAAGCCACUGUCUCGUCCACAGCCAAUGCAAAUAGAAUACAAGGCCGUUUGCUGGAAAGAGGACAAAAAUAAAACGUCAUGCAGCAAGAAAGAUUCAGAAAACCCAGGUGAUAAAUCGCAGGCUUCUCCAGAGCUUGUCACUGAGGUAAGCAGAGAAUCACAAAAGUCCUGGACUACAAACACACAGAGUUACACAACAGGAAACACAGCAAUUUCCAAGCCAUGUCACCAUGAUCUAAAAAAGGCAGCAGAAAAACAAGAGGCUGCGGCAGAGAUGCAAAAAAUUCCAGACAAAGAGGGCGAAGCUGUGGUGGUUAGAACGAACAGAAAACCUCCCAUGCUCGGAAGCCUCCCCAAACUGCCCAGUAAGGAAAGAGAGGUGUCCACUGCUGUAGUGUUGAUAAGAGAUGGAUCCAGCAAGACCAAGGCAUCUGCUUCUCCAGCCCAGGAAGAGAUUCCUAGCCCGGUCCAAGUCCCAGGUGCUUCACUUUCACCUGGGCCCACUACCCCCGGCAGUACCCCUAGCAGCAGUGGCCACUCAGUUUCCAUGUUGUUGAAAGAGAAAGGCUACCAAGCAGAUAUUGGAGCAGUGGUGGGCGACGGUCAGAACGCGGCUGGAGGGAAAGGGGCUCCCCGUAAGCACGUGAACUGUCUGGAGAUCCCCCUCCAGACCACAAUGCCUUCAGAGGGUGGGCGAAUCGAGUCUCAUAGAGAGAGGACAUUCUCCUCAUCAUCCACCACAUCUGGCCCCUCAGCAGUGUCUGAAAACACAGGCAGCCUUACAAAGACCACAGAGGAUGACAGAGUUUGCAUUAAGCCUACAAUAAAAGACACUGGAAUACAAAAAAGUGCUCCUCCACUAAGGAAUACGCAAGAACAAACACCACCCCCCACCAAACAGAAGGAUCUAGGGGAUUUUGAAGCAGUGAAAAGAGUAGAUCCAACUUUCCCCCCAAGGUCCCCUGCAGUAAGGAGAUUCAGACCACAGCCAAUUGAGGUUAAAUCACUGUCUAAAGACACACAGAAACAAGAGAAGCCUGCAAACUCCACAGGAACCAGCAGGCCUCAAACCAUUGAAGUUAAAUCUAUAGCUAAAAAUUCUCAAAAGCCAACUGUGCCUCCGAAACCAAGCUGCAAAUUUAAACCUGCAGAUUUAGCAACAAUGCCAAACGAAGCACAGAGACUGUCAGCAACAACAUCGACUGUAAAACCACAAGGUGAGGAGAGGUCUCAAACAAUUGUCGUGUCCUCACCAACCAUCUAUAGAAAGAUCUCCAAUGAGUCCACAUCAACAUCAAACUAUACAAGAAAACUAGCUGUGUCUGCAGUGUCCAGCCUCAAACCUCCACCUAGCAAAACAACAGCAACCACCAUCUCCAAUCAAACAUCAAACCAGUCAACAGCACCAUCAGAGACAGAGGUAUCUAAUGACAGAGGGCAGCAGCAGCAACCAGCAGCCUCGCCUCAAAGCUCCAGGUACACACAAAGACCUACAACCUUAGCUCCAACAUCAGCCACAUGCACAGGUUCAACCUCAGCCCAAGGUCCAGUUCCUGAGCCAAUAGCAAACCAAGUCACUGGACCCCCCUCAGCUGCAGCCAACGAGCCAAGCCAGCCAGCUGUUAUGGAUCCAGACAGCCAACCACAGUAUCCCAGGAUGGCAUACCCUCAUGAACAAGCUAUGACAGUAACUUCAAACAACACAAAACAACCCGCUGCUGUUCCCACAACACAAGUGCCAGGAUACACACACCAGCCAUGCCGCAGAUCACUGUCCAGUGAGCGCCGCCAAAGGACAGAUGACCUGUGUUUUUAUGCCUCAGAUGACCCUCCAAGCUACGAUGAAAGAGAGAGCUUCAGUCCCCUCAUGCUCCCAGAUCUGACUCCCAGGAGGUCUAAUCACUAUCAGCCCGCCUCCCGCCCUCCUCCCUGCUCCUGCACAGCUGGCUGCCCUUCCCACCCUGGUCUCACACCUCCUCACCAUCACCGCAGCCCCCAUACUCUCACUCCUCCUGCCCCACCACACUCUCCAGGCCAGGCAUUACCUUACCCGGUGGCUCAGCCCCCUCUUCGUCCCCACCAGUGCAGACCUGACCCUCAGCCGAUGAGCUACCAGCCCGGCUCUCCCAAAUCAAGUCCUCUUGGUCCAAACCAGCCACCGGCAUUAUACCAACCUCUCCACCAGCCUCCUCCCUGCCCUCCCCACCCCUCACUCAUGCAGGCCUGCACUGCUGAGCGGCCGUUGCAGCCCCCUCAGCAUAUUGACUCUCGACGACCCCCUGUACACAGAUCCCCCCAGCAGCAGCCACCAGGCAUGGCUGGGGCUCCUUACAGUGAUCCUGGCCACAGCCACUCUCCUGGCCUUCCUCCUAUUGAUCCCCAGUACUUGUGUGGCGCUCAAAGCCUGGGGCCUUCCUAUGGCUCUGAAUAUGGGGGUGACAGCUCCAGUUUGUACUCAGAGAGUAACUAUGGACAGACACCUCGCAGAGUGCUCCUAGAUCCUGAGACUGGGAAGUAUUUUUAUAUCGAGGUGCCUGUACAGCCACUGAGGAAAAUGUUGUUUGACCCAGAGACAGGCCAAUACGUGGAGGUGCUCAUCCCACAGCAAGCAAUGUCACAUUCAGGCCUGUAUCCUCCCUCAGCAGCCCCUUACCCAUCCCUCCACAACCCCAACAUGUACGCCCCAGCGCCACAGUACAUGCCCUAUGCAGCUCCACCUCCCCCAGCCCACCCACAGGCUCAGCCCCAGCCACCCCGCUAUCCUGAGGCCUCUGCUGCAGCAACGAUGCACCCAAGUGGGCCUGGGGUCAGCUACAGGAAUCACUCUGGUCAGGGGUCCAAGCCAGAGCCCCAGAACAAUCCACCGCUGGACCAGAGCUACCUGGAGAGUAUGUAUUAUGUCCCUACAGGGAUGAAUGCAAGCCCCAAUCCCACCCCACCAGACUAUUACCACAAACAUCCCCCCAACCUACCCCCAGCAGGGGGGAAAAGGUCCUGAAAUAGAGGAUAGAGGCCGCCUUCCUGGAGCCUGUUGGGUUUUAAAUAAACAGUGUAUAAAGGGGGUGUCUAAUGUUAGCCUGUACUGUUAUUUGAGUUUUCACACUGCAACUGAAGACAGCGAUUCUUUGGUUGUUGUUUAUUUGCUGCUGUUUGUUCCAUGCUAGGCUGCUUUAAUAGAAAGAGAUGUAUGAUUCUUGAGGUUUUUUUUGACAACACAAGAGCGUAAACCUUUUCCAUGAGGUGUUCUUAAGAUGACUGCCUAAUUUCAAAAUGAUCUAUUAAAACGUUUGUCAUUUUUGAUACAGGGUUAUAACAUCAUAUUGUAACUUCACCUGUAAUAAAUGCACAGGCACUAUAAAUCAAUAGGUUUACUAAUUUACUGAUGUUUGUACUUUAAUAACAAAUAUCUCCAAAAAAACUUGAAAAUACUGUUUUAAAAGAGCCUCAUAUUUAUUUUAUUAUUGUUUUCCUCUAAUACUGGAUGAGUGAGUUUGUGCACAUGAUCUAUGCAACAACAGUGCCAAUAAAAUGUAUCACAUAUCACAUUG